UCUCUUUCUCCUCUUGUGUAGGCCAAUUGUUCUUGAAGUUUCAAUGUCCAAAUAAGCAGGAGUUAUCAACAGACAGGUUCACGUCGGUUUCUGACACCCGACCCAUCUGCAAAGUAUCCACAUGUCCAACCCAUUAUCCACCCAUUACCCAUAUCCACUUCAUUAUAUCUCACCAUCUUUAUAAAUGCUUCACCUAUAUUUUUAGUUCCAACUAUCCUUGACUACUCCUAGUCUAUGCUAUUUAAUUUUCCAUCCAAUGGAUACCUACCAUUUUCUCCCCUCUCGUGAUCUCGAACAUGCAAGCUCUUAUACUCCACUUCCCGAUAGUCCUGAAACCCGACACGAACCCGAUCCAGAUCGUUCGAAAACUAACCGACGUCCGAUCAAGAUCGUGUCUAGUGUUCUCCUCGCCACGCUCAUUUUUUCGUUUGUUAUAUUUUUGUUAGUCAACCCUAAUGUGCAACAAGUUGUACGUAAAAAAGUGUCUAAAAAUAGUAAUGGCGAAGAUCACAACAAGGCAUCGAAAUCUCCGGAGAUGUUGGGCCCACCGUCACGAGGAGUGUCACAAGGGGUGUCGGAGAAGAGUUUCCGGCAGGCCACGGCGGAGCCGUCGUACCCGUGGACGAAUGAUAUGCUGUCUUGGCAAAGAACUUCUUUCCACUUUCAACCUCAAGAAAAUUGGAUGAAUGAUCCUAAUGGUCCCUUAUUCCACAUGGGAUGGUAUCAUCUAUUUUACCAGUACAAUCCAGACUCUGCAAUCUGGGGAAAUAUUACAUGGGGCCAUGCAAUCUCAAGGGACCUUAUCAAUUGGCUCCACUUACCCUUUGCAAUGCAGCCAGAUCAAUGGUAUGAUAUCAAUGGUGUCUGGACAGGCUCCGCUACAAUUCUCCCUGAUGGCAAGAUCGUAAUGCUAUACACAGGAGACACAGAUGAUCUUGUGCAGGUUCAAAAUUUGGCAUAUCCUGCCAACCUGUCGGAUCCCCUCCUGCUUGACUGGAUAAAAUAUCCGGAUAAUCCGGUCAUGUUCCCUCCACCAGGCAUUGGUAGUACAGACUUCAGAGACCCGACUACAGCCUGGAUUGGCCCGGAUGGAAAAUGGCGGAUCACAAUCGGAUCAAAAGUGAACAAAACAGGCAUUUCACUUAUGUAUAAGACAACAGAUUUUAUAACCUAUGAGUUAUUAGACAAUUUGUUGCAUGCAGUUCCAGGUACGGGUAUGUGGGAGUGUGUAGAUUUUUACCCGGUAUCAGUCACCGGUUCAAAUGGGUUGGACACAUCUGUCAAUGGACCAGGAGUUAAGCAUGUGUUGAAAUCGAGUUUAGAUGAUGACAGGCAUGAUUACUAUGCAUUGGGUACUUAUGACCCGAUAAAUGAUAAGUGGACACCCGAUAACCCGGAGUUGGAUGUGGGCAUUGGGUUGAGAUUGGAUUAUGGCAAAUAUUAUGCAUCAAAAACAUUUUAUGAUCAAGAUAAAGAAAGAAGACUACUUUGGGGUUGGAUUGGUGAAAGCGACAAUGAAAGUACUGAUCUUCUCAAGGGUUGGGCUUCUGUUCAGAGCAUUCCAAGAACAGUGGUUUUUGACAAAAAAACUGGAACUAAUAUACUUCAGUGGCCAGUCAAGGAAGUUGAAAGCUUGAGAUCGAGAAGUUAUGAAAUUAAUGAUGUGGAGCUUAAACCAGGAUCACUUGUGCCGCUCAAGAUAAGCUCAGCAGCACAGUUAGAUAUAGUCGCAAGUUUUGAAGUUGAUGAAGAGGCAUUUAAAGGAACAUAUGAAGCAGAUGCGAGUUACAAUUGCACUGCCAGUGAGGGUGCUGCUGGUAGAGGCAUUUUAGGACCAUUUGGAAUUCUGGUUCUUGCUGAUGAUCCACUCUCCGAAUUAACUCCGGUUUAUUUUUACAUUGCCAAAGGUGUUGAUGGAAAUGCAAAAACUUAUUUCUGUGCUGAUCAAUCAAGAUCAUCAACUGCUUCUGAUGUUGAUAAAGAGGUUUAUGGUAGUGAUGUUCCCGUGCUCCCUGGUGAAAGCUUAUCCAUGAGAUUAUUGGUGGAUCAUUCCAUUGUUGAAAGUUUUGCUCAAGGAGGUAGAACAGUUAUAACGUCACGAGUUUAUCCAACCAGAGCAAUUUACAGUGCAGCAAGAGUGUUUUUGUUUAACAAUGCCACAGGAGUGAGUGUCACAGCGUCAGUGAAGGCAUGGCAAAUGGCUUCAGCAACUCUCAAACCUUUCCCAUUCGAUCAGUUGUAACCUUGUAAUAUAGCUACCCCAGUGUGUACCUAUCUUUCCUUGGGUCAACAAAUAAUUGAAGGACGAGAGUUUCGCCUGGCAGCAAAUCGUGAUUUAUUGAAGGAACAAAAUUUGGAAGUGAUUCUAUUAUGAAGAGAGGUAUUUUUUAUGAUGGACUUGCAAGUUGCAACCAGAAGGUUAGAAAGAUAGGCUUGUCCCUAUUGCAUAUAUGUAUUGUAUUCUUUUCUUUUUUGAUGAUUAUUUGUGUUGUAUUCCAAUCUGAGUGAAAUUUGCAAUAUAUAGUGAAGAGUGAAAUUUGGAAUAUAUAGUGAAUUUUUAUUGGGCC